UGCAAUGCCUCACAUUUGUCAUUCGAAAUUCCACUUUCCCUUUAAACAGAACUCUGAAUUUUUGAGCAAGAAACAAAAGCCUUAAAAAGUAGGAAGAUGCCACGCAGACAGAGAAGCACUUCGGCCAAGCCCAGCUCCACGAGUACCCUGCCAGUGGUGCUGCCCACCACCCGGAGCUCGGAGAUGAUCUUCAAGGACGUGGCCGCCCACGCGGCAGGCGUGGCAGCGGGGUCAGCUGUGGGUCACGCCAUAGGCGCCGGGAUAACCGGGCUGUUCAGGGGACGGGGUCAGCAGCCGCACCACAGCGACUUGGUCGAGGAGGGUCCUUGCGCCAAGGAGAUGAAGCAGUUCCUCAAGUGCACCGAGGAGAAUGACGACCUCAAUGUCUGCAGGGAGUUCCAGGACGCGGUUCGUCGUUGCCAUCGUCACUAUAACGUUUAGAAAUACGAAAUCCGUGAUUAAAAUAUUAUCAUAAUAUCAUUGGUCAAAUUUGCAUUAAAUAAAUAGAGAUUAGGUAAUGCUUAGAAAA